AGCGGAAGCCACCAUGAAUUUGAACAAUGAAAAUGGAGAGACAUAUGAUAGGCAAAGUGAGGUGAAAGCCUUCGAUGAGUCCAAAACUGGUGUUAAGGGCCUUGUGGAUGCAGGCAUAACCAAAGUCCCAAGAAUAUUCAUUCAUCCAAAAACAACCCAAAACUACUCAUCAAUUUCCAGUGUCAACAAACCAAGCAUCCCAAUCAUAGACCUUCAAGGCAUUCAUGGGAAUGUUGUUGAGGCAGUCGGAGAAGCAUCUGCAACAUGGGGAUUCUUCCAGGUGGUGAAUCAUGGGAUCCCAGGUAAUGUUUUGGAGGAAAUCAUGAGCGGAGUACGAGGAUUCUUCGAACAAGAUACAGAGGUGAAGAAGGAAUGGUAUUCACGAGAUCAAUCAAAGAGGGUAACCUACAACACCAACUUUGACCUGUAUACUUCACCAGCCGCUAAUUGGAGGGACAGUCUCUUCUGUAUCAUGGCUCAUAAUCCCCUUCACGCUCAACAACUUCCUCCUGUUUGCAGCGAUAUUCUUAUCAAAUACUCAAAAGAAAUGGAAAAACUAGGUGGUGUUUUGUUUGAACUAUUAUCAGAGGCUUUAGGCCUCCAUCCAAACCAUCUCAAAGACAUUGAGUGCAACAAGGGGAUAGCUCUUUUGGGGCAUUACUACCCACCCUGUCCGGAACCAGAUCUGACUUUAGGCACCAGCAAGCAUGCCGAUAACGAUUUCCUCACAAUUUUGCUUCAAGAUCAUCAUAUAGGUGGCCUUCAAGUUCUUCACCACAACCAGUGGGUUGAUGUUCCCCCUUCCCCAGGAGCUCUAGUUGUCAACAUCGGAGAUCUUCUCCAGCUUAUAUCAAAUGGUAGGUUCAAGAGCUCGGAACACAGAGUGUUGGCUAGCAAAAAUGGUCCGAGAGUAUCGGUGGCUUGUUUCUUUAAUACAUACUCAGUGCCAUCGUCACGGGUUUAUGGGCCAAUUAAGGAACUAUUGUCGGAGGAGAAUCCACCAAAGUAUAGGGAAAUAACUCUUAAGGAAUAUGAAACCCAUUUUCUUGAAAAGGGUCUUGAUGGAACUUCUGCCUUGUUGCGUUUCAGCCUCUGAUCUGAAUUAGCAGCCAAAUUUUACUGUCGAAUAUAUAUAUAUAUAUAUAUAUAUAUAUAUACUUAUUCCAAAUAAGCCAUUCUAUAUGGUAUAGAACUCGAAAGUUAUUUGUAUUGGAUGAUUGUUAUUAUGAACUAUGUGCCAUGAAGGCAUGACUUCUACUUUAUUAUAUGGUUGA